GCGAUUUCCCAAUCUUCUAUCCAUGACAUAAACAAUAACUACUCCCAUAGAAAAAUAAAAUCUAGCAAAAAGACAAAUGGGCAGAUAGAUAAUUGGAAAGGAAGAAAGCCAGAGGAUAAUAAAGAGAGGAGAGGAACGGGUUGUUUUCCAUCCAUAAACUUCCAUAUCACAGCCAUAGCCAUGGAUGGAGGAGGUUUCAAGCGGGUAGUCCUGUUCAAGUUCAAAGAAGGGGUUGCAGUGGAGGAGAUGCUGAAUGGGUUGAAGAAGCUUUUCUCUGAGAUCGAUCUUGUCAAGUCCGCAGAAUGGGGAGAGGCGGCAGAUAUUGAGGGCUCCGGCGCCUCUGCAACUGCGGCGCUCCCUAGCCCGGCAAAGGGCUUCACCCACGCCGUCGUGAUGAGAUUCGACAGCCAGGAGGACUGCUUGGCCUUCAUGACACACCCUGCCCACGUUGAGCUCGGCGCCACUUUCCUUGACGCCGUUGACGACUUUCUGGGCCUCAACUUCCCGGUUCUUUCUCUCAAGUAGUCCGCCGGCACUCUCGAACUCCGAUCGUGUAUGAGAUUUGUCCGUAUUAGUUGCAUGAUUGGUGACUGAGAUUACAAAUAAUGUUCAUGUUUGGUCACUGGAAAUAUUUAAAUCCAAUAUUGGUUAUUCAAAUUAGUUAAAUGAUUCAAGUUUGGUCACUCUCCAUCCAUUUCCGUUAACUCUAACUUACGUGGCAGUCAACUUUUAUAGUUGACCGUUAAAUAUGUGACGUGGCAACUAAACAAUUAUUAAAAAU